AAGUGGGUCCAUUUUUUCCUCAAUCGGAUAAGAGCUGCUCGCGGAGAUACAGCACGAGCAACACGCUGCAGUGAGAGCGCCCACCUUAUGUUAACGUUCAUUUUAAUUCACCGAGAGUAAACAACGCCGACAACAACGAAGCAAUGAACGGAAUUCACGUCCAUACGGUUGUCGGGCCGAGUUUUCCCCAGUUGUAGGGAACCAUUUUCCACGCUGCGCAUUCCUCCAUGCAGAGAGCCAGAGAGGAAGGCAGAGCACCGACAGACUGAACGGGCAACGAGAGCUGGAAGCGGCCUCUUUACAAGGUGGACCGGUGAAUUCUCCCGCAAAGGCUUGUGCUAGACGUCUUUUCUGUUGUUUGGGACGUGUCGGCGUCUCCCUGUGUUUGUUUUGAUGACCAAAGACACCCUAUGAGUCAGUUUCUUUAAUGAAUAAUUUACGGUGCCUUGGUCCGAGGCUCGCGUUGCGACUAUAACCCGACGUUGGCUGCGCCCGACGCCGCCUGAAAGGGCCCAGAUGGUGGACUAGAAAGAAAAGCCUCCACGGGCCUUAAUUGGAGCGUAGAAAAUAAAACAAAAUAAGAAAUACUUCGAUACUCGUCUGGGUGCUGGGUUUCGUAACGCAGAGCCCCGUAGUCAUGUUGCUGAGUCGGUGGGGGAGGAGAGACGGAGACCCCAGUACUUCCACGCCAGUCCAAUGUCACUCCAGUUUCGGGUUUAUGUUAUGAGCCUUAACGAAACACCAUCGGACACUUUGUCUCGCUCAUUGUAAUCUUGCAGGUGUUAUUUAAAAGUGUGACGCGGAUGCUUCACUCACGCCUUACACCACUGAAUUGAUAUGGUCUUAACAGCCUUAGUGUUUUUCUUUUUGUUACCUCAGAACAAUCUUUGAAGAACUGCCUAGCUCCUUGUUCUGCAUUAGGUCAGAGUUAUACAAUACAGAGACGUAACAGUAAGUUGAUGGGCAUCGUUCUCACUGUUGAACUUACUUUAAUACCUCAUGAAUCUACCUCAAAUACAACUUUUUUUUCUACACAACACAACGGGCCGAUGUGUCCCCAAAUAAAUACCUCAACCUCAUCGCAGCGGAUGUUAUAAACUGAGUCUGUAUUUCGGUAAUGCUGCAGAUGGCUUCGUUCCCAGACACGGACCUGCAGACCUGCCCGCUCUGCAAGGAGCUGUGCGGCUCCUCUGCUCCUAUUUCUUCCAGCUCUUCUACCUCUUCAUCUUCCUCACAUACCUCAUCCUCAUCCAGCCAGACCAACAGGAGGCUCCACGUCCUGCCCUGCCUCCAUGCCUUCUGCAGGCAGUGUCUAGAGGGCCAGCGCAGUCCAGGGGACCCGCUGAAGCUGCGGUGCCCCACCUGUGACCAGAAGGUGUGCAUCUCUGAGGCCGGCGUGGACUCCCUGCCUUCCUCCAACUUCCUCUUCAGCAAUCUGUUGGACGUGGUGGUGAGCUCCGAGGAGCACAUUCAGAACAAGAAUGGCCACCACCACCACCAACGGGGAGGCUUAGGUGGAGGUUCCUCUGGCUUCCAUCACCCUAAUCAUGGAGGCCUGCUGCAUCCUAACCACCUGGGAGAGCCUCAGUGCAGUUCCUGUGACGAGGAGAACCCAGCCACCUCCCACUGCCUUGACUGCCAGGACUAUCUGUGUGACAACUGUGUGCGGGCACAUCAGAGGGUGCGGCUGACCAAGGACCACUUCAUCGAGCGCCUGGGAGAGAACCUCCACCUGGGCCGCAUCAAUGUCAACAACAACCCGGGCCAGCCAGGGGUAUCGGUGUCUCUCGCCCAGUCCUUGCAGAACAACUUUGCCCUGCUGUCCCUGUUCCAGGACCACAUGAGCUUCUGCCAACACCAUGAUAAUGAGGUGUUUCUGUUCUUCUGUGAAUCCUGCUCGGUGCCUAUCUGUAGGGAGUGCAGUGUUGGCCGGCAUAUGGGCCACACCUUUAUUUAUCUACAAGAUGCUGUACAGGACUGCCGGGCCAUCACCAUCCAGCUGCUGGCAGAUGCACAGCAGGGACGUCAGGCUGUGCAGCUAAGCAUGGAGAAGGUCCAGGCCAUGGCAGAGCAGGUGGAGAUCAAAGCCAAGGUGGUGCAGACUGAAGUGAAGGCCCUUGUGCUCAAACACAAGAAAGCGCUGGAGGAGAGGGAGUGUGAACUACUGUGGAAGGUGGAGAAAAUCCGUCAGGUGAAGGCUAAGUCGCUGUACCUGCAGGUGGAGAAACUGCACCAGAGUCUGACCAAGUUAGACAGCACCAUCGCGGCCGUCAGCCAGGUGCUGGAUGAGGGCCGCCACCUCGACGUGCUGCUGGCCAGAGAGCGAAUGCUCACCCAGAUCCAUGAACUCAAGGCUUUGAGGAGCCUGCUGCAGGCGCAAGAGGAUGACCGCUUCAUGUUCACUCCUCCAGACCAGGCUCUGUACAUAGCUAUCCAGUCAAUGGGCCUAAUCAGCAGUGGAGCCUUUGCCCCAGUCACCAAAGCCCAUGGUGAGGGUCUGAAAAGUGCGCUACGUGGCAAGCCCGCAUCCUUCACUGUGAUUGGAUAUGACCAUGAUGGCGAGCCACGUCUUUCCGGCGGGGACACGGUGUCUGCGAUAGUCAUGUCAGUCCCAGACAAUAACCUGUCUGCAGCGGAUGUAACGGACCACCAGAAUGGCUCCUACACCGUCAGCUACCUGCCCAAAACUGAGGGGGAGCACCUUGUGUCGGUGUUGGUCUGUAACCAGCACAUCCAGGGCAGCCCCUUCAAGGUGACCGUGAAGUCAGGGAGGAGCUACGGCUCCCUGGGCUCCCAGGUUUCUUCCUUCGGGUGCGAGGGGGAGGGAGAUGGUCAGCUGUGUCGUCCCUGGGGCAUCAGCGUGGACAAGGAGGGAUACGUGGUGGUGGCCGACCGCAGCAACAACCGCAUACAGAUCUUCAAGCCUUGCGGUGCCUUCCACCAUAAGUUUGGCUCUCUGGGUUCUCGGCCUGGUCAGUUUGAUCGUCCAGCAGGGGUCGCGUGUGACAGUCAGAGGCGAAUCAUUGUGGCUGAUAAAGACAAUCACCGUGUGCAGGUGUUUACUUUUGAGGGCCAGUUCCUGCUGAAGUUUGGGGAAAAGGGUACUAAGAAUGGGCAGUUUAACUAUCCCUGGGAUGUGGCUGUGAACUCUGAGGGUAAGAUCCUGGUCUCAGACACCCGGAACCACCGUGUGCAGCUCUUUGCCCCCGACGGCUCUUUCCUCAACAAGUAUGGCUUUGAGGGGGCCCUGUGGAAACACUUUGACUCGCCCAGAGGAGUGGCCUUCAAUCACGAAGACCACCUGGUGGUGACCGACUUCAACAACCACAGGCUCCUUGUCAUCCGACCGGACUGCCAGUCAGCUCGCUUUCUGGGCUCCGAGGGCACCGGGAACGGGCAGUUUCUGCGCCCCCAGGGCGUCGCGGUGGACCAGGAGAACCGGAUCAUUGUGGCCGACUCCCGCAACCACCGUGUGCAAGUGUUUGAGCCCAAUGGAAACUUCUUAUGCAAAUUUGGCACACAGGGGAGUAGCUUUGGACACAUGGAUCGCCCCUCCGGUGUGGCAGUGACGCCUGACGGGGUCAUCGUAGUGGUUGACUUUGGAAAUAAUCGCAUCCUCAAGUUCUAACAAAGUUUAUCUUUGCAUCCUCUCUCUCCGUUUGCCCUUUUGCAGUUUUCUCGAUGAAGGAAAUGGAGGCGAGAGAAUGAAUCAACAGACACAACAGGAGGCAAGCUCAGAGGAUCGAGAGCAUGCUGAAGCAAAGGGAAAUUAAAACUAUGGCUCGUUUUUUCAGUUACACUACUAUAUUCCCAAUGAGCUAUCUGUGGUAUGUAAGACGAAGGGGACCUCUACAAAUUGAUAAUCAGUAGAACAAGCCAUGUUUUCCUUCCUCUGUCUCAGCUGCUCUGAAUUCUCUCUGUGAGCGCUCCUUAAUAUCAUCUCAGGGAUUUUUUCACUUUUCUUGAAAUCUUGUACCCUCUGCUCCACACCUACCUCAUUUAGCUCUUUAUGAAUGUACUCAUAGUCACCGAGCAGAGGUUUUAGUCCGUGAAGUUUUACAAAGCAGAAAAGCCUACCUCUGUACUUUAUUUAAGAGAAUAGACUGUUCAGUUGAUAUUUGCACAGGAUUAAAUGAAUUCUUGCUGUGCAUUUUGAAUUUGAGUUAAAGUGAACCUCCUGAAUGUUGUUGCUGAGACAAUGCUCAGACGGCAGUAGAGGCUGCGGGAUUUAUUCUCAUUAGAGGACUUUGCUCAGAGAGGACACUAGGGUACAGGAGUGUCCUUUUUCAUGUUUUUAGGCUAGUACAUUUUUUGCUUUCUUUGGGGCUCUGUGAAGUUCGUAGUGUCAUAACAACCUCAGCAGAGUGCGCGAAGCGAAGCCAAAACGGAUAGAAUCAAAAUUAGUUCAGGUCGCGUUAGGACUGAUUGAAAUUUGUCAUUACUUUUCCGGCUCUCUCCCUCUAGCUUGCCUAGCUAAUGCUGAAUUGAUGAAUUUAUUGACAAAUAUCAAGUUUAGGAAAUCAUCUCCAAAAUGAUCCCUGGAAUAAGUUAUAACUAAGUUUCCCUGUGAGAAAAUAAUCAAAAAUGUUUGAUCAUGCUUACACCCCCGCCCCCAAUCUGGACUCCUAAAACCAGAUGAACUCAUGUCUUUGAUCAAAUAAGAGAACGUGUGUCGGUUGCAUAAAUAAAUAAGAUGCAAAGACAAGUAUCCAAGGAGAGCAGCGUCUCCUCUAAAAGGGAGUCCCCACCGCAGGAUUUUGGUGCUGAAUUUUCUGAAUCGUAGAGCAGAGAUUUAAUCAUUUAAUUGAAUGACACCUUUUUGAUGAGGCAUGCUGUGUGACAAAAGCCUCACAGGUAGACCCUAAUGUGGCCGUCCAGAGGAUGUGGAUGACCUCAAGUAAAGGCCAAACAUUACAAUCCUUUGGAUUUAGAUUGGGAUUGAAAGCCACCCCCCAUGGCUCCUGGGGCCAGGGAUUUAGUCCAAUGAGAGGGUGUGAUCACAAAGCACCGCCCUAUUUAUUGAUCCUCUGAGUGGAAGAGACCUCUCCAGAUUGAGAGCUAGUAGACGAUUCCUCUAAAGAUGGAGGUCUGUAGACCAACUACUGGAGUCAACCAAAGUCAGAGUUUCUGCAUAAUGGCCAACUGUACAUUUGGCAGUUUAAAGAAACCUGAAAAAAAAAAUCCCCUUUAAAAAAUAUUUUCUUAAAUAAUCAUUGUAAAGUUGAUACAACCCAUGGAGUUGAGUUCAUGGCACUGUCCAUGUUAGGCUUAAAGAGCGCAUUGGUCACGGUUUGCGUCCUUCCACAGCCUGCUACGACCUGUUGCUGUGUGAGGCAGGUUUUGAAAGAAGAUCCUUUUUGUCUCUCUGAAGAGAUGUUCGCGUAGAGAACAGAAGACACCUGCACCAAAGAGAACCGCAUUGUCCCCCUUGCAGUUAUCGCCUCGGCCCAUCAAACGAUGCCCCAGUUUUAUCAUUAUUAGACAGCCCAGUGGCUUAAAGUUACAUCUGAGAUUAGCUUUUGUAUCCCAAUAUAAUGGCAUAGCAUUGUGGGGUUUUGAAUCCUCUUGCCCUUUUUCAAUCGGUGUUCCAGCACUAGACAAUUAUGGUUCUGUUAGUCCUUAGCCUAGCAACGAAUCUUGGGACCUAUGAAAAGAUUCACCGACCGGCCCUCGCCUCUGAGGAGAGGGCCAGGAUCUACAUCGUCAUAUCUCAGAUAUUCUGGACCGUUUUACCUCCUUUCUUGUUUACCUCAACUCCUGAAUACCUCAAGUGUGUAUUUCAUAACUACUGUGCAUUUAAACAUUCAAAUACCUCAACUUGUUACACAUUCUGAAUACCUCAUUUUUACUCUUUAAUUUAAGCAUACCUCAUUAAAUAUUUAUGCAUUACAAAUAUACCUCAUUAUUUUGUAUCCUCCUGUUACAGUUAUUGUCCCUCAGCUCUAGGACCAAAGAUCAUGGUACUGUCUUGAGUUGAACUAAAAUGUGUAUCAUGGUUAUCGCUCCAUCUUGCAUCCCUGAGCAGCUUUUGGUUCGUUGAAUCUACUGUAAAACGCCUGGUCCAACUGCCAACAUCAAGAAACUAUUUUCAGAUGAAAGCAUUGUGCCAAAAAUGAUCGGUGAGAGUUCUGUGCCAAACAGGGUUGGCACUGGGACCACGCUGUUGUAGACGACAAAUGUCACUGGACCAUUAGAUCAAAGAUACAAAUGUUAACUCCGAGCACCCAAGGAUAAAUUCUCUCUCUUUCUCUUGCUAUCUUGCUCUCUCUUGCUCUCUCUCUCUCUCUGAUUGGAUGCACUUAGGAGGGCUGGGCCCAACUUAUCUUUAUCUCAUAAUGAUGAUAAACACUCAACUGGUAGUUUGGUACUUUGUGCAAGGGGUAAGGGAAUGAGAAUGUGGCCUCUUUUAAAGAGUUAAGAACUUCACACAUCCGCCUUUCAAUGCACAAAAAUUGCCUCCUAAUUUCUGCACAAUUUACCAACAUUUCCGUGUGGAUUUUACAACGGUUGAUGUUGGUUGUGGAGGACCUUGAGUCUAAACUCAACCAUUCUGUGGCGGAACAAACGCAUCAGAGGAUUACGCCUAAUGCGUUUCAUCAGCCAGGUUCAUUAUUGAGUGGAGCGAUUGGCACAUUGAUGGCGAGCCAGUUUGAUUCCACAGACCCAGCUGCUUUGAACUCAACAUCUAGUUACACCAAUAAGAUUAUUAUUAUUAUUAUAUUAUUUUUUUUGCUUUUCAGUAUUACUUGUGAAAUGUUCAUUCAUGUUGCAGCCGUUUUAAUUUAAACUACAGAAUUCUAUCUUUAGAUCCUUAGGUCUUCACUCUUAAAGAGGAAACAUGUAUUUUAAACUUUUUUUAAUUUGUUUGUCAUUUUGUUGCAUGCUUUAAAAAGUCCUUGUAUUAUAUUGACGUCUCUCAGAUAGGUGUUGAAAAACUCAGACGGGGUGGGUAGCUGACUAUUGGGAUGGUUUUACCAAAAUAUAUACCCAAAGAUGUGUAUGUGUGUGUUAGGAUUGUGUUGGAUGGGAUUAACCUUUUUGACCUUUGCGAUUGUAUUUCCUGUUCUAAAGAGGCUCUGCAGAGCACAACCUGUUCAGCCAGCCAAGCCUUGAUUCCUAAAAACAAUGGAGACAGAGUUUUUAGAUUAAUGCCGGCGCUCCCAUGGCCAUUAGUGCUUCAUUUACUUUAACUCCCUCAAGUAUGCCUAACAUGGGCAAACAUAUUGUUCUUUUCUGUAACUUUAGGGAGCAAAGCUGUAAAAGCUUCCUCCUGAGGAUGGAUUUGCCUUCCAAACCAUGAUGAAGCCAGAAGGCGGCCAUUUUGUGUUUGACCAAGUAAUGGGGACUCUCUCACUGUCAUGUGAGAAGCAGCUAGGUUUCUCCAGCACAAACUAGCAAUCCGUGUCUUUGUUCUAAGAAUCCAUGAAGUGUGGUGAUGGCUGCUGAGCAUGUGAUCGGUUGACUGCACUCCUUUUUCGGUGUUUUGUUUUUAUUUUUAUUGGGCCCCUGUGGUUUUUUUUGUCCACCAUUUUAUUGCUGGCCUAUUACGGCUUAAAGAGAUAAAAAGCAAAGCUGCACCAGGUGACGUGUGCAAGGUCGUAGACGUCCUUGUAAUGAUUGUAUACUAGACAAAAAGACAAAAAAAAAAAGGUUGGAAAAUUUAGAAA